AUAAUCAACUCUAUGGUCUAUAAGAAAUGCAAACCCUUCCUUAGAAUUCUUCUGCUUAUCCAUUUCCGACAAGAAAAUUAAACAAACACUUGAUGUCUCAUUCCAGCCUGGGAAAGAAGCUUCAACCUGCAAAGAAGGCGUGGAAACGCUUAGCCAAAACAGUCGAGGCAAAAUUCCAUAAUCUCAACUUAUCUAAAGCCAUCAAGGUCAUCAAGACCAACUCCAGUCGCCUCCUCUCUUAUUGCUCUAUCCGUUUCGUCCAUCCUCUCAAGAAACGUUUCUUAACAACACCACCUUAUCGUGGCUACCGUUCCAACAGCCAUCCUUACCGACACUAUUAUAGCAACAAGAACCAGGUUCAUAACAAUUUCUCACCCAUAUACAUAGACCAGCUCUAUUCUGUAGAGGCUGCAGGAUCGUCGACGUUUUUGCUGCAGGCCAAGCAUUUCAAUGCAGAAACUAGCAGCAGAGGUAAACAGUUGGUUGAUGAGCAGGUUUUACCCAGAAAAGAAGAGAAAGUGCUUUAUAGCAUUGAAGAUGCUUGGAGAGAAGUUGUUGCUAAAUCACCGCAGCUACGGCCAGUGGAUGAGAGAGCUGAGGAAUUUAUAUCAAAUUUUCAUAAAGAUAUAAAGCUUCAGAAGGAGAAAUCAAUUCUUGAAUUUGAGGAGAUGCUGGCUAGGGGUGCCUAGCUAAAGGAUCAAUUUGCAUUCUUUUAUCCCCUUUUUAUUUUAAUUUUAUCAUUUACCAAGAGUGUGGAUUAACAGGAAAAAAAAAAAAGAAGAUAUUAGCUAGGUUUAUAAAUUUUACUUUUCCAGUAAACAACAGGGCCAACGCCCAAUACUAGGAAAAAAAAAAACAAGUACGAGGUACACGACUCCGCUAAUAUCAUGAAGAAGACUGCUCAUACUGGGUGCCAGUGUGGGAGGGCGAGGGAACCCAUCAUUCACGCCUAGAGGCUAGAGUGGCUUUACUAAAAGAUGAAUUGAAGAAGACCGUCAUUUCUUUUAGUUAAUUUUUUUUUUUUAUCGAAAACGUGUGACAAUGUAAUUAAGAGUAUUUGUGUGAACCUUGUUGAGUUUUCUUUUGAACUAUAAAAUGUGUAUGAUUUUUCUUUUUGUGACUUAAGGUACGGUGGAUUUUGAUAUUGAU